GAAACAACAUGGCUGCCGCCGUGUUGGCAAACAGCGAAAAUCAAUCAACAAUAGUAAUUUUAUGAGAAUUUUUCUCGACAAGCCGAUGCAAAUGACAUCGUUUCCAUCACAGAUAUUCUAAUUAACCCAAUAUAUUUCAAGUCAAGUUAUAACCCUUAUAAUUGUGGAAAUGUCGUCCUGGUUAGGUGGAAGUCUAUCGUCGUUGACAGGUCAGCUGUCAAAUCUUACGAAAGAUAUUCUAACAGAAGGGACUGAAGAAGUCAGUGAUCAUGUGACCGAGCUGCGUGUCGCACAGGAAAAGAUAAAGGAAUUGGAUACGAUCAGCACAGGACAGAAAAUUGAGAUUGAUCGUCUGAAACUGUUGGUGAGAGAGCAGGAGGAAAAAGCGGAGGCGUCAGAACUUCAAAUCAACCGGAUCUCAACCGAAUACCGAGCCCUACUGCAGCAGAAAGAGGCUGAUAUCAAGCAGUUAAAACAGCAGAAUCAAGAACUCCAGAGUUCCACUUCCUUCGUUACCCAGCAAGCUGGACCCGCCGUACUUAGUCUCGACUCUGAUAAUGGGUUUGAGAGCAUCGGUUAUGGAGGUGACGAGCAUGAUUUCGGGGACCAGAUAGCGCUCCAGCACAAUGUUAACCGACUGAGGGCGGAUGUACAGCGACUCCAGGCUGAGUGCAAACAUUGGAAGUCCCUUGUUAAACAACAGAACAAUUCGGCCGGGGGCAGCAAUGUUAGCAGUGACAUUGGAGAAUCAACACCUGGACAAGAUGAUUCCAGUGUUCUCAAGAAGAUACAGGAGCUACAAGACGAGCUGGCUGCCGAGAAGGAUGCGCGGCAGCAUGAGCUGGCCUCUCUGCAGGACGCUCACACCCACAAGAUGGCCCAGCUGCGCAAGAAACACAAGGACGAGCUCGCACAGCUUAAUGCCAAAAUACAGGAGCUUGAUUGGGGCUCUGAGGGAUGGGAAACCCAGCCAAGUGCAGAUGACUCUGGUUUAAAACAGAAGAUCUCUGCUCUUCAAAAGGAGGUAGAAAACUUACAGGAGGAGAAAGAAGAGUAUUUACAGCAGAUUAACUCCCUUGCUGGAGAUGUUGAGGAGUUGAACUCGGAGUUAGCUGUGAAACAAGCACAGUCCUUACAUAUGGAAAACCAACUGAAAUUAUGUCGAGAAGAGAUAUCGCAAUUGAAGUCUGAGCACGAUGAGGUCAGUGCAGAACUUUACUCCACAAAACACAGACUGCUGGACCAACUGGAUGCAAACCAUGCAGACACACUUGAGGUUUUGAGUGAUUUACGUGAGGUCCGUCAGCAUAUGGACCUUUCUGCCAUUGACCGGAGAAAUAGAUUGAUGCUGGACAAAAUUAGGCUGGAAGAACAGCUGAUAAGGACAGCCGAACAGAAGAAGGCCAUAGAAGUGGGCGUGGCUAGCCUGGAGAUGGAGCACUCCACUCUGUCACAAGAGACGUCUAACAUUGUGGAGAACCUUGGCAAUAAUGAACACCAGAAACACACAGCAGGUAUUGUAGACAGCCUGGAACAUGAGAACCUGGUGCUGAAGGAGAGAAAUGUGGGUCUACAGGAGCAGGUAACUCUGUUGGAGCGAGCGCUUCACAAUGCUGCACAGGAUUCCAUGGAGAGGGACAUGCAGGCCAAUACUGGCUCAGGUGUGUACAGCGAUGACCUAGACUUAAACAGCGAUACUGCAUCUCAAACCUUGGAGCAGCCCGAAAUGUCCAAGCGCAUUGCUGACCUAGACGAACAAGUGGCAAACCUAAAUGAACAGGUUGGCUCCUACAAACAAGAAAUACAGCAAUUUGAAAUGCACCAAUCAGAUUGGCUGAGUGAAAAAGAGGCUAUGGAAGAGUUGCUUGGAAAGAUGAGGUCACAACUGAAAGAGAAAGAAAACUCCUUGAAUCUUUUGGAAGCGCAGAGGGGUUUGCUAGAAGUAGAAAAACAUGACAGCCCGUCAAAAACCAGUCUACCAGACCUGUUAGAAAGUCAAGCAGUUGAUCCAUUCCAAGUUCAGUCUGAUGAAUCCUCAGCAGAUGAAAAAGCCUUCACUGCUUUGGAAGAACAAAUAGUAACAUUAGAAGAAGCUCCUAUUGAUGAUACAGAAGCUAGAUCUAAGGAAGAGGAUGCAGAGAUAGCCAGAGAGGUUGUGGAGUUGGACAGGAAGGUAACACUCCUGACUGAGGCGAAUGCUGACCUAGAACAGGAGAGAGAUGAGCUGGCAGACGGCCAGGCAAGGCUACUUGAAGAGUUGGAUGAUCUGAGGAGUCAGCUGGAGUCUCAGUCUCCACUCAGAGAACCACCAAGUCCAUCAAGAGGUCCUUCCUAUAGGGAACGAAGUACCUCAGUCUUGAACACAUUACUCAAAGAAAAGGAGGAUGAGCUUCAAGCUUUGAUUGGUGAGAAAGAAGAUCUUGAAAAGAAUCUUGCAGAAGUUCCAGAUCUUAAAGAACAGCUUGAAUCACUCGCUGCUAAAGCUGCUGAAAACAAUAAGGAACAGAUUGAAAGUUUGGAAAAGGAAGUUGACAAUUUGAAGAGAAAACUAAGAGGAAAAAAUGAAGAAAUUGUCAAUUUGUCUUUGGAGAAGGAGGAGAUGAUGCAGAGUUUGGAAGAGUUAGAUAACCAGCAUCAAGAGGCAAUGGAACAUAUCAUUCAGAUGAAGGACAAAUUGUCAAAGACUAAUGAAGAGUUGAAGAAAAAACUAACAAAUUCUGAGCAAGAAAAGCAGGCACUGAAGACUGAGAUUGAGAAAGUUAAGAGUCAGCAUUUGUUGAACCAGGCUGAUGAGUCAUCUUCAUCGAAUGAACUGAACCAUGAGAUAGCAGAGCUGAAAGAUGAAAUGGCUACUCUACGAGCAGAAAUUGAAUCAUUGAGUAAUGCGAAAAACAGAUUGGAUCAACAAAUUGCUGCUAAAGAAGAAGAGAUUAAAGGAAUGAAAGAGAAACUGACGUCUAGUGCGCAGACGUUAAAUGAUUUACACAUGGACAAACAAGAGCUUCAGGAUAAGAUAACAAAGCUGAAAGCAGAAAUUUCAAAACAAGCUGAAAAAAUUAAGGUCAUGAGGGAGGAGAAUGAAAAUACCAAGAGAGAUAACUUAGAUGGAAAAGAGACAGAAAGCUUUCAGACAUCUGUUCAAGAAAUUGGUGUUCUAGAAGAUGAAAAUCUAAAGUUAAAAGAUGAUCUUGAGGUACUGAACACAGCAAUGAAGCAGAAAUCCGCUGAAAUAGGGAAACUAACAGAUGAUGUCAAGAGAAUUCAGGGAACUUGUGACAACUUGAACUCAUCUAUAGAAACAAAAGAUAAGGAAAUUGACACCUUACAAUUUAAACUUAAAGAGAGAGAAUUACAAACCACUGAAAUGAAUACUAAAAUAGCAACAUUAGCUGAUGAUUGUGAACGGCUUAGCAAAGAAAGUUCAAGGAAACAUGAUGAUUGUGAGAGUUUCUCCAGACAGCUACAUGCACUGGGGACUGAAUUGUCAUCUCUCAAAAAAGAAAAUAAGUUAAAGGAGGAAGAUGCUGUUCAUUUAUGUAAGCAAGUUGAAAGUGUUAACAAAGAAUUAACAUUGGUUAAACAGAACUUGAUUGCUAAAAAUGCAGAAUGUGAUAAACUGAAUGCUGAUGUUAAAGCUAUCAAAGAUCUUUUAGAAGAAACCACCGACAAACUGCAUACUAAAUGUGAAGAAUGCAGUGAACUUUUGUUAAAAAAUGAAGAAUUUAAGAAUAAGAUAGAAAAAAUAACAACUGAACAAGAACACCAGUAUGAUGCUAAGUUGUUAAGUGCCACAGGUGAACUGGUUUUGAUCAAAGAAGAAUUAGAGCAUAAGACUCUUGAGUGCAAAGAACUUGAAGAAUAUAAAAGGAAAUUUGAAGAAUUGUCUGAAGAACAAGAAAUCAAUUAUGACGCUAAACUGUUAAGUUCUACUGGUGAACUGGCUCUUGUUAAAGAGGAGCUAGAGUCUAAAGAUACAGAGUUACAGCGUUUAGACAAAGAGAUGUUUGCUAAAGAUGAAGAAAUAGGUGAAUUAAGAAGCAACAUCGAAACAUUGAAAAAUGAAGUACAACAUUAUAAACAAGAACUUGCAUCAAUGGAACAAGAGUUAUUGUCAGAUCAGACUCUUCAAAAUAAAUAUGAAAAAGAAAUAGAGGAUUUGAAAUCUCAAUGGGAAACAUUGAAACUUGACAAUGAUGGGUUAAAUGCUGUACAUGCAAGCUCGAAUGAGAAACAUGCUGCAAUUGUGCAACACUAUGAGUCUUUGAUACAUGACAUGAAAGCCGCAAAUAAUUCUAAUAACUCUUCUCUUCAGUUAGAUUAUACUGAGCUGCUUCAAGCAUCUCACAAGAAAGAUUUACAGAUAACUGAAUUGCAGAGUAAAAUAACAGAUUUGUUUUCUCAGAUGCAAGAGUGUCAGAAAGAAACAGAAUUAGCAGCUGAAAAGUCUGAGAAACUUGAAAAAGAGUGUGAUUAUUAUAAACAAGAAGUCAGUUUAUUAGAACAUUCUUUAUCAAAGGUGGAAACAGAAAAUUCUGAACUUUCUGGAUCAUUGCACCAAAAUGAGAACAUGAUUGCUGAACUUUCAAAUAUUCAAGACAGACUCGAAGUUGUAGAAACUCAGAAAAUAGCAUUAGAGAGUGGUUUAAGAGAAGCAAAGGAGAAGCAUGAUAAAGUAUUAACAGAUUAUGAAAGUGAACUAGUCAAACUGAAUGAUACAGUUCAAAAUUUGCAGUCAGCAUUAGCUAAAUCCAAAUCUUCAGAAAAUGAAGCUGAUGACAAAAACUCAUCUUUAAUUGAAGACAUAAACUCAUUAGGAAUGGAAGUAGAUACAUUAAAAGAAGAAAUAAAAACUUUGAAAGAUUCAAUAAUGGACAAAGAGAGGAAAAUAGGGGAAUUGAAUAAACAAACCAACGAAGAUCAUGAAACUAUAUCAAAGCUGAAAGAAGUUUGUGUUGAAAAGAAUAAUCAGGUCACUGAUUUAGAAAGAAAAUUAAAUGAACUGUCUGUGCCAGAGAGAUUCCAGGGUGAUGGUGGAAAUGAUGCAGAAAUAGUUGCUGAAAAAAUGGUUGCUGAAAAGAUUGAAAGUGUUCAGAAAGUGCAAUUACUUGGAACAAGUGUACAAAAUGGUGACAAUGAUGUAGAUGAUGAUCAUGCUCAACACCAGAGAGAUGUUAUUGCAGAAAUAGAAACACUGAAAGGACAGCUUGAAAAGAAGGAUAGUGUAAUAAAUGAGCUUAAAAGAAACAAUUCCUCCUUGUUGAAAAUGCUGGACUCUAAGUCGAAGUCGAGUGGACAAGUAAAUCCAAUUGACAUUCUUAAGCUAGAAAAUGAGAUUAAAGGUUUGAAGAUGGAGAAGGAACAGAUGAUGGAUGUGAUGAACGAGAAAUCCAGGGAGUGCAGUAACUUAAGAAGUGAGGUUCAGAGACUCAUGAGUGUUGCUGGAGCACAGAAGACAGCCUUGGACAAAAUGCAGAAAGACACCGUAGAAUUAUCGCAAGGUUCACCUAAAACUGAUGGUGCUCGCAUAGAUGAUAUGCAGAAGGAGGUUGUGCAGAACUUAUCCAGGAUAAUCAGGGAUAAAGAUUUGGAGAUUGAAUCAUUGACUCAAAAGAAUCAGACACUUUUGUCAGUGUUGCAGGAAUCAUCAACUGAGGGGAGUCAGAUAAACUCUUUGAUGCAAGACAAGGAUAACCUUACAAAACAGCUUGCUGCUCUACAGAAUGAGAGGGAACAAAUGAUUACAUAUCUGAACCAGAAGCAUCAGGAAAGUUUGACAUAUCAUGCUGAGGUGCAACGAGUGACUGCUUUGUUGAACUCUGAAAAUGAGAAGAGUGAAAAAAUGAGACAUGAUUAUGAAGUUCUUGUGCCAAUGUUUGAGGAUAAUAAGCAUGCUCUUGUCAAGGCUCAAAAUGAGAUUCUGAACUACAAACAGAAGUAUCAAGAAUUGGAAGUGAAGCAUGGUCAACUGAUACAUCAGGAUUCCUGUGAAACCAUAGACAAAGCUCAGUACGAUGCAAAGACACAAGAACUCAACACCUUACAAGAGCGAUAUAAUGAAUUAAUGUUGACCGUAAAAGAGAAAGAACUGAAAGUACAAAGCGUGCACCAGCAAGUAAGUGAUCUGGAACAAAACAUGAGAUCUACGGAGAGUGAACGCAGUGCCUUUAAAAAGCAAGUAGACAGCUUCACAUUCCAGAUACACGGACUUCAGACGGAACAAGGCGAACUAAAGUCGGAAAUCAAGAAACUUCAUGAGGAGAAGGAGAGCGUAUUAUUGGAAUGUCAGGGACUAAAGGAGGCUUACAGCAGACUAGGGCUGCAGCAUAGGGACCGAGAGUUUGAAGUUCAGAGUCUGCAGGAGAAGGUCAACUCCCUCACUUCCAUCAUACAGCAACAGCAGGGAGAGAAAGGUCAACUUGACCAGGUUAUGGUGGAGAAUGCAGCGACACAGAACCAGAUUCGGCAGCUGAUGUCGGAGCGGGAUGCGGCUUUUACCCGCGUACAACAACAACAGGAGGUGAUAGCAGCCGGACAGAGAGAGAUUCAAAGUUUAAAGGAAAGAGAGGCCAAACUGAACAGGGAACUGAACAGAUUACGGGAACAUCUCUUACAGAUUGAGGAUGGUUACACACAAGAGGCACUGAGUGCUGAGAAACGAGAGAAGGAGUUGAGGACAAGACUUGCCUCCGCGGAGGAGAGCGCCCUGUCAUCAUCAUCAGCCGUUGAAACUGCCAGCCAGCACGCAAUCCAGCAGUGUGACAGCCUGCAGCAGCAGCUGGUGUUUGUGUCCGGGCAGCGGGACCAGGCGUAUGUGCAGCUGUCCACGCUUCAGGAGCAGAAUGAUCUCCUCUCCUCCUCCAUAUCCAACCUCCAGAUGGUCCUAGAGGAGUUCCAACAAGACAAGGAGCGACUUGUAUCGGAGGACACGGAGAAAUACAGACAGCAGGUGGCAAGUCUAACAGACCAACUCAGCAAGGCACAGGCCGACCUAAGAUACACAAAGGAACAGCUAGAUGAAGUAUCCGAUGGUCUGGAGGCGGCCUCACGGCUCUCUGAACAGCUGGAUAGAAAAGAGGAGGCUUUAGAUGCCCUGCGUGAGGAAGUUCAAAUCCGAGAGUCGGCCCUAAAGAGUGCUGAAGAAGAGUUACGACAGUUGAGAAGUAGAAAUGAUGACAAAGUGGACAAGUUGGUAAUCAAGAACCUGUUCCUUGGCUACUUCACCACGCCCCAAAACAGGCGACAUGAAGUGCUGCUGGCAAUUGGCGGUGUUCUGCUCUUCGCACAAGAGGACUUCGAAAAGAUUGAAGGUGGUGGCAAGGGUGGCUGGGUGCCCGGGUUCCUGAAGUUUGGGGCUGGAGCUCACAAGACGUCUCCACCCACAACCCCAGCUCGUAGAUCCACAGUGACUGGGCCCAUAUCAAGGAGUGCUGAUAAAAGUGCUGACUCAUCAUUCUCACAGAUGUUUGUCAAGUUCCUGGAGCGUGAGUCUUCUCCCCCUGCCCCAACUGUUCGUCUUCCCGCGGAGGAGAUGGCACGAGAUGUUCAGCAGAAACAGAAAGAGGCCACACAAAAACCUGCGUACAACCCAUUCACAGCUCCGCGCCAUGCUACACAUUCCACCCCAUCAUCGUUAGCAACAGGGUCACAUGGGUCGUCACAUGACUCACACAUUCUCAUCAGUCCUGCGGUCUCCAUGGCCCAGACAUUCCCGACAUUCGCGACACCAUCGCAGGACUCAAGAACUCCACCAAGUUCCGGGAGAAACACACCCGCAUCAACAUCGUCUAGUGCAAUUCUUAAAGAUGUGCUUAACAGAUAGCACUAAAAAUGGCUGAUUUUUAACACUACCACCUGAAAACAAUGUAAAAUUACCUUUAUGACACCACAAACUGUAAUACUUUUUAAGUAUUUUCAAUCAUUUAUGUUUUUGUCUUGUUCACAAACUAAUUGUCACUAGUCUUGGUGACCUAUAUUUGUGGAUAUUUGUGGACAUAGAGAUCCGAUCUUUGCCAACAUAUUUGUAUUUAUAAGCAUAACCAUGAAUGGCAUAAUAAUAAAGUUGAUGUAAUUUAUGGGAUGGAAGGUAUAUUUGUUAUUGGGUCAACUUAUUUUACCUUGUUUGUUUUUGGUAUUGAAAAGCUUGUCAAUGUCAGCAGUGUUGUCAUAGCAUUGGUGUGGACAUUAUCAUUAUCAUCAGUGCUAUGUUAAAACACUAAUGUUGGCUAUAACUCAGAAACAGUUAAAGCUAUUUGCAUAAAACUUGGCACAUUUGUUCAAUUUGUUCACAAUGGCAGUAUGCAUACAUGCAAUAACACCCUAUAAUUCUGGCUAAACUAUUUGUUGAGUGAUGCCCCCUAUUGUCAACUGAUAGAAAAUGGUGGAUGACUUGCAUCUGCUUGCCAUGCACUUGUUCUUCAUUACAGACAUUUAUUAAUCAUACAGUUUGUUUUGUAUGUAUUUUAGACUGUAUUUGGUUAUUUUAUGAUUGAAGUUUCUGUCUUUCUUGCAUCUUGUUUGUGUUCUGAAAAUGUUUUAUCUUAAAAAAAUGCAUUUCAUAAUGAAAUAUUAGUUAAGUUCAUGAAUUAUAUACAGAAGUAGAACCAGGAAAGAAACCAAGCAAACUAUAGUGUUCUUAUAAUGUAGAUCAGAAUGUGGUACCAAUUAAAAUAAUUACAUUGCAUAUAAUAAUUACAUUGUAUGUGAACUAAUUGUGGGUUAAUUGUAAAGCUUGUGUUCGUGUUGGUCAAACACUUACUGCAUUUUACGCGGCUACAUUUUGGUGUUAACUGGCUGGUUUUAUUUGUGUACUUUAAAUAAGGAUAAUAUGUUCAAUCUCUGUGAUUAAUAAUGAUAUUCAUUACAUGAAAAUACAUCCACCUUUGUGGAAACUGUGAACAGAUUGAUUAUAAAUUAUUAAAACUAUGUAUUUAUAUCAAAGUGUAAUAUAUUAUAAGGCAAUUAAAAGCUUAAAGCAUGAA